AUGAGCCGGAGCCCCGCGUUGGCGGCCCGGCGGGGCGGCUCGGUGCGGGCGGAGAGCGGGAUCGGGGCGCGGCGCAAUGACAGCCAGGACUACCUGCUGAUGGACACGGAGCUGCCCCCCUACGGCUACUACCCCGUCUACCGGGGCACUGACAACAGACUGACUCACCGGCGGCAGACAAUGCUCCGUGAAAAGGGGAGAAGGUUAGCAAACCGAGGGCCUGCAUACAUGUUUAACGAUCACUCAACAAGCCUUUCUAUCGAAGAGGAACGCUUUUUAGAUGCAGCAGAAUAUGGCAACAUCCCAGUGGUGAGGAAGAUGCUAGAAGAAUGUCUCUCACUCAAUGUCAACUGUGUGGAUUAUAUGGGCCAGAAUGCCCUGCAAUUGGCAGUGGCCAACGAGCAUCUUGAAAUCACAGAACUUCUUCUGAAGAAGGAAAAUCUCUCUCGUGUUGGGGAUGCCUUACUUCUUGCUAUUAGUAAAGGUUAUGUUCGCAUUGUAGAAGCAAUUCUGAGCCAUCCAGCUUUUGCUGAAGGCAAGAGGUUAGCGACCAGCCCUAGUCAGUCUGAACUCCAGCAAGAUGACUUUUAUGCCUAUGAUGAAGAUGGGACACGGUUCUCCCAUGAUGUGACUCCCAUUAUUCUGGCCUCCCACUGCCAGGAAUACGAAAUUGUGCACACCCUCUUGCGGAAGGGGGCUCGAAUCGAACGCCCUCACGAUUAUUUCUGUAAGUGCAGUGAAUGCAACCAGAAACAGAAGCACGAUUCCUUUAGCCAUUCCAGAUCUAGGAUUAAUGCCUACAAAGGCCUGGCAAGUCCAGCUUACCUGUCACUGAGCAGUGAAGAUCCCGUCAUGACAGCUUUAGAACUUAGCAAUGAGCUGGCAGUACUGGCCAACAUUGAGAAAGAAUUCAAGAAUGACUACAAAAAACUGUCAAUGCAAUGCAAAGAUUUUGUUGUUGGGCUCCUUGAUCUGUGCAGAAACACCGAAGAAGUAGAAGCCAUCCUGAAUGGGGAUGUGGAAACAUGCCACAGUGCUGCAGACCAGAGUCGGCCCAACCUCAGCCGUUUAAAACUCGCUAUUAAAUAUGAAGUGAAAAAAUUUGUGGCUCAUCCAAAUUGCCAACAGCAGCUCUUAUCUAUUUGGUACGAGAACCUCUCUGGAUUGCGGCAGCAGACGAUGGCGGUUAAGUUCCUAGUGGUCCUGGCAGUUGCCAUCGGACUGCCUUUCUUGGCUCUUGUUUACUGGUUUGCUCCAUGCAGCAAGAUGGGGAAGAUAAUGCGUGGACCAUUCAUGAAGUUUGUAGCACACGCAGCUUCUUUCACCAUUUUCCUGGGCCUGCUAGUCAUGAAUGCAGCUGACAGAUUCGAAGGCACCAAGCUCCUUCCUAAUGAAACCAGCACAGAUAACGCAAAACAGCUGUUCAGGAUGAAGACGUCCUGCUUCUCAUGGAUGGAGAUGCUCAUUAUAUCCUGGGUAAUAGGCAUGAUAUGGGCUGAAUGUAAAGAAAUUUGGACUCAAGGACCCAAAGAAUACUUGUUUGAGUUGUGGAAUAUGCUUGACUUCGGUAUGUUAGCAAUCUUCGCAGCAUCAUUCAUUGCAAGAUUUAUGGCCUUCUGGCAUGCUUCCAGAGCCCAGAGCAUCAUUGAUGCCAAUGAUACUUUAAAGGAUUUGUCAAAAGUUACGCUGGGUGACAAUGUGAAAUACUACAACUUAGCUAGGAUAAAAUGGGAUCCUUCUGACCCUCAAAUUAUAUCUGAAGGUCUCUACGCAAUUGCUGUUGUUUUAAGUUUCUCCAGAAUAGCUUAUAUUUUACCAGCAAAUGAAAGCUUUGGACCUCUGCAGAUAUCACUUGGAAGAACAGUAAAAGACAUCUUCAAGUUUAUGGUCAUAUUCAUCAUGGUGUUUGUGGCCUUUAUGAUUGGAAUGUUCAAUCUCUACUCAUACUACAUUGGUGCAAAAGAAAAUGAAGCUUUCACAACAGUUGAGGAGAGUUUCAAAACACUGUUUUGGGCAAUAUUUGGACUUUCUGAAGUGAAAUCAGUGGUCAUCAAAAAUAAUCACAAAUUCAUUGAAAACAUCGGUUAUGUUCUUUAUGGAGUCUAUAAUGUCACAAUGGUCAUUGUUUUGCUAAAUAUGUUAAUUGCAAUGAUCAACAGCUCAUUCCAGGAAAUUGAGGAUGAUGCUGAUGUGGAGUGGAAAUUUGCAAGGGCCAAACUUUGGUUUUCCUAUUUUGAGGAGGGAAGAACUUUGCCUGUUCCUUUCAACCUGGUGCCAAGUCCAAAAUCUCUGUUUUAUCUCUUACUGAGGCUUAAAAAAUGGAUUUUGGAGUUGUUCCAGGGUCAUAAAAAAGGUUUCCAGGAGGAUGCAGAGAUGAAUAAGAGAAAUGAAGAAAGGAAAUUUGGAAUUCUGGAAAGUCAUGAAGACCUUGCCAAACUGUCCUUUGACAAAAAGCAGCUUGGGCACAGUAAACAGUCAAGUACAAGAAGUUCAGAAGAUUUCCAGUUAAAUAGUUUCAAUAAUCCUCCAAGGCAAUAUCAGAAAAUAAUGAAGAGACUCAUUAAAAGAUAUGUACUGAAAGCCCAGAUAGACAAGGAGAGUGAUGAAGUAAAUGAAGGGGAACUAAAGGAAAUUAAACAGGACAUCUCAAGUCUCCGCUAUGAACUCCUUGAAGAAAAAACUCAGAAUUCAGAAGAUUUAGCAGAACUUAUUAGGAAACUUGGGGAGAAACUCUCAGUGGAAGCAAACCCAGAGGAAAUCAAGAGAUGAUGCAAAGACUUUCCUAAGAUUUUACAUUUAGUUGCCAGAAACCAUAUUAUUUUUUUGACCUUUUUUUAAAAAGUGCCAAUGUGACCAUAUUUUAAGCAAGAAAAAGUUUAAAGGUGACUUGGGUACCCAGAGCUCUAGUGUGUAAAUUUGUGAUUAAAAUU